AACAACAAACAAGCCCUCUUAGAUUCAGACGCUGAACGUCCUUUCUCAUAACAACAGCCUCCACCCAGAGGGCUAUUUAAAUAAAACUGUUCAAUUAACAAUAGUAUGUAUGGAAAUAUUAGCCCACACGGAGUCUCUACGUGUUGUCAGUCUAAAUAACUCGUAUUUAUUACAUAUGAGUUGUGAACAAAUUUGUUUGUUAGUGAUGUUUGAAUAAAGUUCGGGCGGCUUUCGGUACAGACGUCUAUUGAUUUCGGUACAUUCUGGAGGCACGCACGGAUUAAAAAAGGCCGUGGAAUAUGGACUCGAGAGCUGACGAUGACGAGGCCCCCACAGACCCGGCCGCCAGGAAGCAUACCCACCACGACUACACUGAACAGGACUUUGAAGGACACAGAGCGCACACCGUGUUUGUGGGGGUUCAUGUACCGGCAAGAAGACACUCACAUAGGAAACACAAACACCAUCAUCGCUAUGGAGAAAAGGAUCCCGAAAGACCAAGCCCAGCAGUAAUGGCUCGAGUUAGAAGACUUAGCGUUACGGAUGAUGGGGAAACAUUAACACCACCAGCUCAAAGGGUACAAUUUAUACUGGGCGAAGAUGUUGACGACUCCACGCUUGAAUCGCAUCCCCUUUUUUCUGAAAUGGAAGAGCUGGUUAAGGAUGGAGAUGAGUUGGAAUGGAAAGAGACCGCAAGGUGGAUAAAAUUUGAGGAAGACGUCGAGGAAGGAGGCAAUAGGUGGUCGAAACCACAUGUUGCGACACUUUCUUUGCAUUCGCUUUUUGAACUGCGAAGUCUCAUAUUGAAUGGAUCAGUGAUCCUUGACUUAGAAGCAAAUUCAUUAGAACAAGUUGCAGAUAGUGUUCUAGACAAUAUGGUUGUUGAAGGGCUUCUUGCUUAUGAUAGAAGAGACAAAGUAAAAGAUGCAUUACUUCGAAGACAUAGACAUCAACAUGAAAGACGAAAUCAUAAUAAUAUGUCCAGACUUCCUUUAAUCCGUUCUCUUGCGGAUAUUGGAAAAAAUCACUCAUCCUGCAAAAAUUUCCAGGAGAGUGGCUCUCGACGCUCCAGUUCGAGGAGUUGUCGAGGGUCCACCUCAUCUCAGAAAUCGGCACUCCAUCCCGCAGCCGACUCGAGAGGCUCUUAUCUAGCCGUUCCAGUGGAUGAAGGUGCUACAAGUUCAUCAAGUGGGCCUUUUCAAAAAGGAGACUUUGGUCGAUUCCUAGGCAUCUCUAGUGCGGGUGCAGCUCAUGAUGAAGGAAUGAUAAAAAGUCCUAGCAAUUUAUCUAUGCAUCGUAAUCACAGUUUAGGAGAUUUACCAUUGAAUGGGGAUAUAAAUCACAAAUGCAAUACACAUUUUAUGAGAAAAAUCCCACCUGGAGCCGAAGCUUCCAAUAUUCUUGUCGGUGAAGUUGAUUUUCUCGAAAAAACGCUUUCCGCUUUCGUGAGACUGAAAACUGGUACUAUUAUGGGCGAUUUGACCGAAGUUCCUGUGCCAACACGGUUUAUGUUUGUUUUGCUAGGACCACCCAACAGCAACUCUAGCUUUCACGAAAUCGGAAGAGCAAUGGCAACCUUAAUGUCAGAUGAAAUAUUUCAUGAGGUUGCUUAUAGGGCUAAAAGACGUGAUCACCUAUUAGCGGGAAUAGAUGAGUUUCUGGAUGCUGUGACUGUAUUGCCGCCUGGAGAGUGGGACCCGGCUAUUCGUAUUGAACCUCCCGCAGCAAUUCCUUCUCAAGAUCCUCGCAAGCGUCCAAAUGACAGUACGCCGAAGGAGGAACCCGAUGAAGAAGAAGAAGAACAAAAGCAAAGAGAAGAGUCGGGUUUGUCAAGGAGUGGAAAACUGUUUGGUGGUUUAAUGAAUGACUUUAAACGAAAAAUUCCAUGGUAUUGGUCAGACUUUAAAGAUGCUAUGGCUCUACAGUGUAUUGCUUCGUGGAUAUUUUUAUACUUUGCCUGCCUAUCACCAAUUAUAACUUUCGGAGGCUUGUUAGGAGAAGCAACUGGUAAAAAUAUGGCAGCAAUGGAAUCUUUGGUGUCUGGUUUUGUAUGCGGCAUGGGAUACGGAUUUUUUUCUGGCCAACCCUUAACAAUCUUGGGGUCAACUGGACCCGUCUUAGUAUUUGAAACGAUCGUUUUCGAAUUUUGUAAACAGAUUGGGUGGAACUACAUGUCUUUUAGAUUCUGUAUCGGAACAUGGACGACUAUUAUCCUUAUUACUUUAGUUGCAAUAGACGCAAGUGCAUUGGUUUGUUACAUAACUCGAUUCACAGAAGAAAAUUUCGCAACUUUAAUAGCUUUCAUAUUUAUUUACAAGGCAGUGGAAAAUGUUAUCUCAAUCGGCAGAAAGUACCCUUUAAAGACGCGGCCAGAUGAAGUUCUCAAUUAUGAAUGUUAUUGUUUACCCACCAAUUACUCAAAAGUACCGGAGCAAUUUAAUUGGACGUCCGUUGAUAAAGUGUCUUGUCAGUUAUAUAACGGAACCUUAGCAGGUGGUGGGUGUGAUACCAAAGUCUAUGUUCCAGAUGUCUUUUUGAUGUCAAUAAUUUUAUUUCUCGGCACAUUUACAAUCUCUAUUAUUCUUAAAGAUUUCAAAAACUCCCUGUUCUUCCCAUCAAAGGUCCGGCAAAUCAUAAGUGAUUUUUCGGUUAUAAUAGCAAUUCUGUCGAUGUCUUUCCUAGAUUAUAAAGUCGGUGUGAAAACCCCAAAACUGGAGGUUCCAUCAGAAUUUAAACCAACUUUGCCAACUCGCGAUUGGGUCAUAACUCCAUUUAAUGGAAAUCCAGUUUGGUCGGCCCUGGUAGCUAUUCUACCGGCAUUGUUGGGUACCAUACUUAUAUUCAUGGAUCAACAAAUAACAGCAGUUAUUGUAAAUCGGAAAGAGAAUAAAUUGAAGAAAGGAUGUGGUUACCAUUUGGACCUAUUCGUCUUAGCUAUUCUUAUACAAAUUUGUUCUAUAAUGGGAUUGCCAUGGUUUGUAGCGGCUACUGUCCUGAGUAUAAAUCAUGUGAAUUCUCUAAAGGUCGAAUCGGAAUGUGCUGCUCCUGGUGAAAAACCACAAUUUUUAGGAGUUAGAGAACAAAGAGUGACACAUAUCCUCAUAUUUCUGACUAUAGGUUGUUCGGUUGUAUUAACCCCAGUAUUAAGACAUAUACCAAUGCCAGUAUUAUUUGGAGUAUUUCUAUAUAUGGGUGUUGCAUCGCUCAAAGGACUCCAAUUCUUUGAUAGGAUUUUGAUAAUGUUUAUGCCUCAAAAAUAUCAGCCAGAUCACAUGUUCUUGCGACAAGUCCCAAUACGUCGAGUUCAUAUAUUUACUGCUAUCCAACUGACUUGUCUUGUCUGUUUGUGGCUUAUUAAGUCGUUUUCGACAACAUCCAUUUUGUUUCCAUUGAUGCUUGUUGUAAUGAUUGGUAUCAGGAAAUCUCUGGAUUGGUUCUUUACCAGAAGAGAAUUAAAAAUUUUAGAUGAUGUUAUGCCUGAAAUGACCAAGAGGAACCAAGACGAACUUCGCGAACUCGGCGAUAUCGAGGACACAAACAAGAGCAGUCCUCCAACAUUUCAAGAGAAUCUACAAAUCCCUCUUAUCAAUGGAAACAUAAUGAACAUACCUUUGACAUCUAUUAACAUAUCUGAGGAAAUGAAUAAAACAGGAAUUUGGAAACAAGUCAAUAACACCAAUAAAAAUAAAAAUCAUGCAGAAGGAAGGGAUUUAAAAUUAAAGUGCGGGAAAAAAACUAUCAAACACAAAAAACUAAUAUCCAAAAACGCACAAUCCGAGAUCGAGAGGCGCCUUUCAACGAUGGCAGAAGUGGAGGAAGAUGACUCAAUGAAGAGCGAUCUCCUAAGGCGCAAGGAUUCCUGGAAUAGCGGACUUAAAAAGCAAAAUAAAUCUGCUGAAACAUCUGUUUAAAUAUUUAUUUAUUUUCAUAUUAAGUAUUUUUUCACUCUCUUAUAAGUUAUUUAAAUUUACAAACUUUAUUUUAGUUCUAUUUGCAAUUUGUUAUGAUUUUUUUUUAUUCUAACGCUUUUGUCUUUAAUCUAAUACUUUGUUUUAAUAAACUUGAUUUUUUUUUUAUAAUUUUUAUAGACAUAUAAUUAAUAAGACAUAUUCCGUUAAGGCUAUGUUUGUAAUUACGUAUAAUUUAUGUUUAGCUAUGAAGAGGCACAAAUGAUUUAAAAUAAUAUAAAUUAAUAUUUAUUUCUUUGAUAUUAUUCGUGUAUUCGUAUGAUAGGCACUGUUUCGGAUACUUUCGAUGUCUAAUAUUAAGGUCAUGGAGUUAAUAUAAUUACAUUUAUAAUUUUUUUUGUCAAUGUUGUAUUUAUCUAUACAAAUAUAUACAUUUUUAUAUGAACUUUUAAGUCAUAUUAAAUGUUUUUUUAAGGAUUUAAUAAAACUUUAAUCACGUCGAAUAUUAAUUGACCACAGUCUAAAUUACAUUUGAAAUAUGUUGAACAUCUUUGCAAUGAACAUUUUCCCUAAAAUUGUUUUAACAUAUCUAAAUAUCAAAGCUUUGAAAAAUCUUAUAAUUUAUCUUUAUAAGUUAUUAAUGUGCUAUGGUCGUCGGAAUUAUCUUCUAUACAUUACAUAGGUAUAAAUAAGUGUUUAAUGAGUGAUACAGAAUUAAUGUGAAUUAAAAUUAAUAUAAUCACCCCGUAUAAUAGGAACCAUUACUAAAGAAAGUGCCAAUAGAAUAACACCACUAGCGUGUAGAUUAUUAAAUAUUAAAAAUACUCAGUGACUUCACCAAAUUUGAUAAUACACUCAUUUACCCUAUGUCCGUAGUUAUUUGUAAUAUCAAUGUAAUAUAGACCUUAUAAGUAUAGCAUAAAUCUUAGGGAUGCUUACAUACAAUAGAGUAACUAUUACGUGUCAUUUAAAUAGAACAAACAGUAAUUUAAUUGUUAUUAUUUGAACAAUAAUAUAAGUUAUUUACCUACAAUUUAUUAUUGUCAUUGAAAGCCGAUUUUUAAUGUAACAAACAGCUUUUAGGUACUGUAAAUGUAUACGUAUUCAGGAAUAAAAUUAAUGGAAUUGACUAUUUAUUUGACCGAUGUUAUUUAUUACUAUAUGAUUCGGGGAAUAAAAACGUGUUUGGUACUCGUAAAGCUUAGAUAUGUUGUGUUGUAACCUCACCACCUCACCACGAUUUGGCAGUAUCAAAAAACAUAGACAAUCUCCUGUUUUUUCAUACGUUAAUACUUUUCAUCAAUUUGCCUAUUGAAAACCGGGAACUAUUUAGUAUGACGAUUCAAACUAUGAUGCUAUGGCGGUAAUCGCCACCACAUAACUAUAUUUAAUUUUCAAUAUACUAGCAUUACUUUUAUUAUACGUAGCGACAGCAGUCCGUGUUUAUCCCUAAUACGCCUAAUAUAGUGAAUUGUAGCCGAGUGGUAGUUAAAUGUUGGAUUAAGUAAACAAUUAUUGUUGUACCUGGCGGGAAUUACUCGAAUUUGUAUUGUUUUGGAGAUCUUUGUGGAGUGUUACGAAUAAAUGGAAUUUUUGAACGUA